AUGAAUUCAUUCAGCGGCAAAUUUAUCGGACUUUUCGUCAUUCUCGUUACGAUACUCGCUACGCUGGUGGUCUCCAGCCCAAUCCCAGAACUCGGUAAAAGGCAACCUGUCCUGUACCUUCCAUCCCCGGGCGCAGGUCCAUGGGCCAUUAAAUCUACGCAGAUUGCCAGCUGGUGGUGUGAAGAUGCUUAUUGUUCUCCAAAAGAUCAAGUUACCAUUAAAAUCAAGAAUAGUAAAAGCAAGACUGUAACCGACCCGAUUUUUGUUGAAAACGCUCAGUCUGGCUCAUACCCCUUGUACAUCGACCCAAAGUGGGCUUACGCAGGGGAGACGUACUUUGUUGAAGUGUCACUCAAAAAGAAACCAAGUGUCAAAGCAACUAGUGCUAAAUUCAAGGUGUUUAAAACCGAAGGAUAA